AUGGCUCCUAACCCUCCCGCCGCACGCGGUCGUUCCACUACAACCCGAAAUGAGGCCAUUGCUCAAGAAUCUGCCAAUCGAGGUAGCCACUCCCGCCGCCAUGCCAGAAGAGUAUCUAGCGCCCCUCAGACCUCCUCGGAUCCUUCUCUCAAGGAAAAUUCCAAACCCCGUAUAGAAAAAUGGACUCUGGGUAUCUUGAAUGACAAGGAGACCGAAGAAGUCCCGGGCACCGUCCUCCUACUCUCUGCGAACCGCAAUGAGCCCCUCGGCCUCGAACACCAACAUGCUCGGAGGAGUAGUUCCUCUAUGCCUCCCCAGCCUCUCUCUCCAAGACGUUCUACUUCGGCCCCCAAGAAAAGGACAAAAGAUGGUCAACUGAUACUAGACCCGCAGCCCGAUGACUCGAUGAAUGACCCCCUCAAUUGGCCGGCUUGGAGAAGAGAUUGUGCCUUGCUGUCGCUGGGUUUCUACUGUAUGCUCGGCGGAGGAAUGACUCCUAUAUUGGCGGCAGGUUUCCAUAACGUGGCAGAAUCUUAUCACGUCGCCUAUUCAAGAGUAGCUUUGACCACGGGUCUCUACAUGAUGGGCUUAGGGGUUGGUAGUGUCGUCUUCUCACCCACAGCCAUUCUCUGGGGUAAACGACCUGUCUACUUGGCGUCCGCCAUCAUGUUUAUCCUGACGUCUGUUUGGUGUGCUUUAGCCCCUAGCUACGCCCAGUUGGCAACCGCCCGAGUCUUUCAGGGUAUAUCUGUUAGCCCUGUCGAGUGUUUGCCCUCCGCCACCAUUGCCGAAAUCUUUUUUCUUCACGAGAGGGCUUUUCGUGUGGGAAUUUACACGCUUCUUCUGCUUGGUGGGAAGAAUUUGGUCCCAUUGGUGAGCGCGGCUAUCAUCCAAGCAAAAGGCUGGAGAUGGGUGUUUUGGGUGGUGGCCAUCAUAGUAGGAUUUGGCUUAUGCAUCUUGUUCCUCUUCGUCCCCGAGACCUUUUGGGAUCGAACUCCGAGACCUAAAUCAAGACGACCAGCCGUUCGUCGAAGCUUCUCGAGUCUAAUUUAUAAUCCUCUGCAUCACACCAAAUCAAAUCUUCCUCAGAAUCCUAUGGCAGAUCCGGCAGCCAUAGAGGCAGCCAUUGUGAAGGCUAUGACUCCUCGACAACAUAUGUUGCAUGAACAGAAUGCACACGCGAGAUUUGAAGACGCUAUGGGAAGUGGUGAUGAUGAGAAGCAAUCGGACCGGUCUCCCACCCCGGAAAUUGCAACACAGGAUCAUCUCGAGCAACCCAAGAGUGAACACCUAUCAACAGACGGAACGACUGAUGAGAAGCCGACAAAGCCGUCGGGAGAGGAGACGGCUUCCACCGUUGACCGACCCAAAUCUUCCGAAUCAAGUCCUCCUCCAAAAGGACCCAAGCCAACAGGACUUGCUGUGCCACCUCCACCAGAUAUCAGCACAUAUUCCGCCCCGUGGGAUGGGACCAUUGAUGGCAAACAAAGGAAAAUCCCUGCAAUCGUCAUGCCCCCUCCUCCUGCCUUCCAGAAUCCCGGAGCAGAUUCGGUCGAUUCCGAUCCAACAAUUCCACAUCUCCACAGUCUCAACUCUCCAUACUACGUCGAACUCGAAAAGGGCUGUGACGACCUCGACCAUCACACCGAUUCUAGAGGACAGUCUACAAGGUCACAGCUGCAGAACGGUGACGUGCCCAAAGUUGAAACUCCUCCGACGGUACACAGCGAUAUUCAUACUCCAAAUGAUUUAGAGAGUAACCGGAGUAUCGACGAGACUAAUUUGAAUCCGAAAUUGGUCCGUUACACCACAAACCUAAGACACUCCCCUCCGAAAUCAUAUAUCGAGACCCUCCGACCAUGGAAUGGAAGGUUAUCACGAGCGAACUGGUUCCUGGUGGCUCUCCGGCCUUUUAUCCUGUUUGUAUACCCGAGUGUACUAUGGUCAACGCUCGUUUAUUCCCUCUCUGUCGGCUGGUUAAUUGUGCUAUCCGAAGCGAUUUCCCACAUCUACCGAAACAGCGACAGCUACCACUUUUCCGCCUUGGGAGCCGGUUUGGUCUACUUGUCUCCCUUUGUCGGAGGCAUUCUGGGUACCGCCGUCGCCGGCAAAGUCUCCGACAUCAUCGUUCGAUUCAUGGCGCGUCGAAACGGUGGUGUCUACGAACCCGAGUUUCGCCUGGUCAUGGCCAUCCCCGUCGCCAUCAGCACGGCAAUCGGGCUCAUGGGCUUCGGCUGGUCUGCGGAAGAGAAAGACAUGUGGAUCGUCCCGACGAUCUUCUUUGGCGUUAUUUCCUUCGGUUGUUCGCUCGGCAGCACCACAUCGAUUACUUUCUGUGUCGACAGUUACAGACAAUACGCAGGCGAGGCGCUGGUGACGUUGAACUUUAGCAAGAAUAUCUUCCAUGGACUGGUGUUCAGUUUGUUCUUUGCCAAUUGGUUAGAGGAUGACGGACCAAAGUCUACUUUUCUGGCAAUUGGUGGGAUUCAGAUUGCGUGUCUACUGACCGCGAUUCCCAUGUAUAUUUACGGGAAGAGAGGGAGGAUGUGGACUGUCAGAAGAGGGUUUAUGGAGCAGUUUUGA